GAUCAUGGCGCAUUGAGAUGUGUCGUCUCUCUGUACUAUCUACUUCUGUUUACGUCACGCUCUCCCCGUUGGACUGGUCGGGACAGUUCAACUGCUUGACACAGACACAGCCCUGAACCGAAGCGGCUUAGACUUGUCUGCCAUUCCUAACAGAUACACCGGCUGACUGACUUGCCCCGUCUUGUUAACUUUACCCUUUGUGGACGGGGAGGUUAAACGAAAUCUAUUUGAUGCGGAAAUUUGCCGACAGUCAUUAUAUAGUCUCUACCUGCUAUAUCGAGGGGCUAAGUUAGCUCACAUUAGCUAAUUGUGUUAGUUUCUGCCCCUGCUGCGUAUCAUAGCAAGGUUGUCAACAUGCAGUGAGUAAUGCAACGAGUGUUGAUAUUAAUAAUGGCCAUCUGGGGGGUGCAAGGAUGCUCCAAUUCAGAGAGCUGUCCGACGCCGCAGCCCAAUUCCACCUCCAAGGACUACUGUUACUCGGCCCGAAUUCGCAGUACAGUGCUCCAGGGCUUGCCUUUUGGUGGGGUGCCUACUGUCCUUGCCCUUGACUUUAUGUGCUUCUUGGUGUUGCUGUUUGUGUUCUCCUUCUUGAGAAAAGUAGCAUGGGACUAUGGUCGCCUGGCCCUGGUGACUGACGCUGACAGCAGAAGAAUGGAUCAACGUUACAGUCGCCUGGAUGAUCGGGAAUACGUGGCCUCUGCCAUGACAUCAGAGACAACAGAACGCUAUGAGCGCCUCACCUCAGUUUCCAGCACUGUGGACAUUGAUCAGAGAGACACAGGCUUCUGUUCCUGGCUAACUGCCAUCUUCCGCAUCAAGGAUGAUGAGAUAAGGGAGAAGUGUGGUGAGGAUGCAGUACAUUACCUGUCCUUUCAGCGCCACAUCAUUGGCCUGCUGGUAGUGGCGGGCGUGUUGUCUGUGGGCAUCAUCUUGCCUGUUAACUUCUCGGGAAACCUACUUGAAAACGAUGCCUAUAGUUUUGGGCGGACCACUAUAGCAAACUUGGAUGCUAAUAAUGCACUACUGUGGCUUCACACCACCUUUGCAUUUCUCUACCUGUUACUGACGGUCUACAGCAUGAGACGGCACACCUCCAAAAUGCACUACAAGGAGGAUGACCUGGUGAAACGCACUUUAUUUGUCAAUGGAAUCUCCAAAUACGCAGAGGAGAUUGAAAUAAAGCAACACUUUGAGAAGGCGUAUGAAAGCUGCACUGUACUGGAAGCUCGUAUCUGUUACGAUGUGGCCAGGCUGAUGUAUCUCAACUCUGAAAGGAAGAAGACAGAGCGUAGCAAGAAAUUCUUUCUUGACCUGCAGGCCAAGGAGCAUAUUGCCACCAUGAUCAACCCAAAGCCCUGUGGACACCUUUGCUGUUGCAUUAUCAAAGGCUGUGAGCAGGAAGAGGCAGUGAGUUACUAUACCAAGCUGGAGGCACAACUAAAAGAUGACUACAGGAAGGAGAGAGAAAGGGUUAACAGAAAGCCCCUAGGAAUGGCCUUUGUCACCUUCCAGAACGAGUCCAUAACUGCCACAAUCUUGAAAGAUUUUAAUGCUUGCAAGUGUCAGGGCUGUUACUGCCGUCGGGAGCCCAAGAGCUCUCAAUUCAGCCCCAAGCUCCACACACAAAAAUGGACUGUCAGCUACGCCCCUGAUCCGCAAAAUGUCUACUGGGACCAUCUGUCAGUGGGAGGAUUCUCCUGGUGGCUCCGCUGCUUGAUCAUCAACCUUGUCCUCUUCAUCCUCCUCUUCUUCCUCACCACCCCGGCCAUCAUCAUCUCCACCAUGGACAAGUUCAAUGUUACUAAGCCAGUGGAGUACCUAAAUAAUCCAAUCAUCACCCAGUUCUUCCCCACCCUCCUUCUGUGGUCCUUCUCUGCCUUACUUCCAACCAUUGUGUACUACUCUGCCUUCUUUGAAGCCCACUGGACCCGGUCAGGAGAGAAUAGGACCACAAUGCAUAAAUGCUACACUUUCUUGAUCUUUAUGGUCCUGUUGCUGCCCUCCCUGGGACUCAGCAGUUUGGAUGUUUUCUUCCGCUGGCUUUUUGAUAGAAGAUUCUUAGCAGAUGCUAAAGUGAGAUUUGAGUGUGUGUUCCUUCCUGACAAUGGAGCCUUCUUCGUGAACUAUGUCAUUGCAUCUGCAUUCAUUGGUAAUGCCAUGGACCUGCUGAGGAUCCCUGGUCUACUUAUGUACAUGAUCCGCCUUUGCAUGGCUCGCUCUGCAGCAGAGAGGAGGAAUGUCAAGAGGCACCAAGCGUAUGAGUUCCAGUUUGGAGCAGCUUACGCCUGGAUGAUGUGCGUCUUCACCGUGGUUAUGACCUACAGCAUCACCUGCCCAAUCAUCGUCCCUUUUGGACUGAUGUACAUGCUGCUAAAACACUUAGCAGACCGGUACAACAUGUACUACGCCUAUCUGCCAUCCAAACUGGACAAGAAGAUCCAUUCUGGAGCAGUCAACCAAGUGGUGGCUGCUCCUAUUCUCUGUCUCUUUUGGCUUCUGUUCUUCUCCACUGUUCGCUCGGGGUUUUCAGCCGCAACAUCCAUGUUCACGUUUGUAGUUUUGAUCAUCACAAUCAUUAUCUGCCUUUCUCACGUCUGCUUCGGACAUUUUAAAUAUCUCAGUGCUCACAACUACAAGAUUGACACCCAGGACGUGGACGGGUUGGAGAAUGGGCGUCCAGUGUGCACUGCUGCCACCAGCAAGACAGCGCAAAUGUACAUUGCUGAAGUACUUCAAGACCCAAAUUCAGAGGAGGCUGGUUCAGGCAGUGGCGAGGACGACGGCCAAGGGUCCUCGCAGGACGAGGAAAUAAUCAAUGUUGAAAACGGCCUGAAUGAGGACUUCCAGUCUGGUGAGGACAGCCUCAUUGAUAAUGAAGUGCGGCACUGAUGCUGCCUGGAACAGAACCCCCCCCACCCACCCCCCAAGUUUAACUUGAGGAGUGUACGGAAUAUGUGAAUUAAUCUAAGAACUGAACCAAUAGUUCUCCAAAGCAUCUCAACCUGAGGCACAUCCCAAAACACUGUACAUGGACUCAUGAAAGAAAGACGCUAAUGCACAAAUGAAGAAUUGUUCGCCUUUUCUUGUAAGGGGAGUGAUAUUCUGUCUGUAUUCCCUUAACAUUAUUGCACUUGAAAGAGAGGACCUGUCCUAUAAGCUCGAGUUUCACUAAGGUACUGUAGUAUGGCAUGCCUUCAAGUUCAAAGGGUGAAGGGAUUUUUCUAUAAUCCUACAAUAUCUCUUAAUUGUCUGCACUAGAUGCUUCAGCUGAAUAAGCCGCUGGUGGGAGGGGAAGAACAAGGGAGAGGUUUUCCACCCCACCAGAUAGCUUGGUCUGUGCAGAUGUGAUGGUCUCAAAAUGGUUCUUCCAAUUCCAUAAAAGCCUUUAAAAAAAAAACAAAAAAAGAAAUUCCUACUAACACUCCUGGACGCUUCUACACUGUACAGCUACAAAACUCUGGAUUUGUAAAAUACCUUUUUUGAGAUAGUAUUUAUUUGUAGGCAUUGGCUUUUAAAUGCUAUCAAGCAUGAUAUACCCCUAAACUGUGGAAGAAGAUAACCUAAUUCUUGGCAUACUACAUUGAUAAUGAUUUUAUUGGCGUUCAGUCUCUGAGCCUUUAUUGGGACUGCUGUUGGACUGCUGCUACUGACGCUGCCUUCAGUAGCGGGAAAUCCUGGCUGCUGCAGGAGGACUGGAGGCCAGGAGCCUGCUGGUCCUUUUGUGUUGCUCAUCAGAAGGAGAGAAAGGCCUUUUGGGUUUUUUCUGGGUCAGUUUCAAAUGAUACUCAUUGUGACUAGUUCUCUUUAUUUGUUGUUUUCAUUUGUAUCUUUUUGUCCAUAUGUUUACGUCUUGAUGUAGAGAUUAAGAAAUUAGCAUUCAGUUUAGGUGGCUACUGGUUUUAUAAAUUGGCUAUCUAGAUCUUAUCACUCAGCUCUCCUGUCAGAUCCUCUUCAAUGUUAACUUUUAUGUAGGCAUUUCAUCAUGUAGGUAGCAAAUUGUAAGUUCCAGCAGUCAUUGAACAUGGUUACACUUUCCCAUUUGCCAGUACUCAAUGCCAAGUUGUAAAUGGUUUAACUCAAAUAGCGCAAUUUAGGUGAUAACAUAUGAAAUAUAGGUCUAAGUUGUUCAAGAGAGUUACACCAGUGGAUGAGGUCCAGAUCUAUUGAAUAC